GUUUCUUUUCUUUCGCAAUCCCGCUCGACUUUCCCUAAAAACUCACCGCCAUGGAGGAGAGCUGGUGGCGGCGGUUCUUCUGCUGCUGUCAGUCUGGUUCCUCUCCUGAAGAGAGACAACCUUUGAUUGGGGAACCAGAGUCAGCAAGACAGUCUCGUCCACCUUCUAAUGGUUCGGCGCAGAGAAGCGGCAACGUUGUUGCCCGGCACGUCGGCAUUCCAGAUCUUGACCAGCGCUUUGCCGACGUUGCAGAAACGUUCAACAAGCAGCAGGAACACUAUGUGUGUAUGGAGGAGAAGAGAAAAACCCUCAUGUACCGCUAUCGCUGUUCUGCCGGUGACAGCCUGUCUGACUGCCUGAAGAAGAUCAAGGACGAGCACGACACGCAUCAGGUCAGACUGCAGAUGAAGGGCUACGACUUUACCUUGGUUGUGACGCCGGAGGACGAAGUGCCUGAUAAGCUGAAGCGGACGCAGGAGAACGUCAGUGAGCUGUGCAAAGCUGCCAAAGCUGUCGUGGCAGUUGGCACCAAGCUUCAGGAGAUGAUCAACUGGCUCCUGAAGGCAGAGGAAUCACUGACCGAGCAGGUGAAGGAGGCAGCUGCAACACACCAGGACCAAAAGCGGCUGGGAGGAAACCUCCAGGAGAACCUGCGGGAAGCUCGCAGGGCUAAAGAGCUGAGCCCUCGCUACAGGGAAGAGGCUGGGAAACUUCUCAAUGAGGCAGCCCUGCUGUCUGGUGUCACUCCAUAAAUCGACAUGGUUCCUCAGUAUCUGUACCGCCUUGCAUGUCCUCAUCGGUUUCCCCGUCACACAGUUAGCAGGCCACUCGGUUAACCGUGUCGAUGAAGAAGCUCACAUUGUACAUUUGGACUUUGUAUUUUGGUAUUAAGCUUAUCUGUUUAGUUUUAUGCCACAUAUUCGAGAUGAUGAAUUUUGUUGUACUUGCACUACGAUGAUGUCCAUUCCAUUCCACAAGUGAUCAAUUGCAGGCCAAGAGGGAACAAAAAAGAGCAGAGGUUUUAAUAGGAGCGCUCUUGUCCUCAGCAGUAAUGACAAAAAAAGCAUCGAGUUGAAAUUUCCACAAUAAUUUUGCCUCAAAUUGCGGUAUGGUGAGAAAACAACAAUUUUAAAAACUUGAACACUGUUGAUCUGUGUUUUGUUGCCAGUAGGCCAGCUUUGUGAGGCAAUUUUAUUUUUAAGAGUGCAAACAUAAUGUACAGUCGUGGCCGAAAGUGUUGGCACCCCUGAAUUUUUCCAGAAAAUGAAGUAUUUCUCCCAGAAAAUUAUUCCAAUUACAUGUUUUGUUAUACACAUGUUUGUUUCCUUUGUGUGUAUUGGAACAACACAAAAAAACAGAGAAAAAAAAAAGCCAUAAAUGAUAUAAUUUCACACAAAACUCCAAAAAUGGGCUGCACAAAAUUAUUGGCACCUUUUCAAAAUUGUGGGUAAAUAACUUUGUUUCAAGCAUGUGAUGCUCCUUCAAACUCACCUGUGGCAAGUAACAGGUGUGGGCAAUGUAAAAAUCACACCUGAAACCAGAUAAAGAGGAGAGAAGUUGACUCAAUCUUUGCAUUGUGUGUCUGUGUGUGCCACACUAAGCAUGGAGGACAGAAUGAGGAGAAGAGAACUGUCUGAGGACUUGAGAACCAAAAUUGUGGAAAAAUAUCAAAAACCUCAAGGUUACAAGUCCAUCUCCAGAGAUCUUGAUGUUCCUUUGUCCACGGUGCGCAACAUAUUCAAGAAGUUUACAACGCUGGCGAGUUCUGAAGUGGCCAGCAAUGAGUCCGAAUCUAAAUCCCAUUGAACACCUGUGGAGAGAUCUUAAAAUUGCUGUUGGGAGAAGGCACCCUUCAAAUAUGAGAGACCUGGAGCAGAUGGCAAAAGAAUAGUGGUCCAAAAUUGCAGUUGGAGGUGUAAGAAGCUUGUUGAUGGUUAUAGGAAGCGAUUGAUUUCAGUUGUUUUUUCCAAAGGGUGUGCAACCAAAUAUUAAGUUGAGAGUGCCAAAAACUUUGUCUGGCCCAUUUUUGGAGUUUUGCAUGAAAUUAUAUCAUUUUUGGCAUUUUUUGUCUGUUUUUUGUGUUGUUCCAAUACACACAAAGGAAAUAAACAUGUGUAUAACAAAACAUGUGUAACUGGAAUAAUUUUCUGGGAGAAAUACUUCAUUUUCUAGGAAAGAUUUCAGGGAUGCCAACACUUUUGGCCAUGACCGUAAAUUAUGUUCAUAAAUUACUGCUGUGUUGCUCCACAGCUCUGUCCACCUUUUUUGGAAAAGGAAAUUGUAUCAGAUCAUUACGAUUUUUAGGUACGUUUUGCUCCUAAACUUCACACUUGCAGUUAAUGGUUCAAAAUUUGUAUUCAGUAGAAUUAGAACAGUAGAAUUCAAUUGUUAAGAUGGACACAAAUUCAUCCCGAGUUGUUUGAUGUGAAAUGGUUAAUUGUGGAGAAAUUUACAGACUCAGAUUUCUUUACAGUGAUGGUGAUAGGAACCAGGGGUCUACACCACAAACAUAGCCAUUUUAUUUACUAUCCAAAACAACCAACGCAUCUACACGUGUCUUCUGAGUUUUUAUAUGUGAUGCUGAUAAUGAUAAAAUAGCAGUAAAUCUGAGAAAAAACACUUUUUUGCCUUACAAUACCCUGUAUGUGCUUCACCAUUAUGAAUAUAUAUUUUAAACAUAUUUUACCAUUGAGGUAAUAUGAAGGUUAUUAUAAUCUCAUGACUUUAUAAUUGAUUUUAAAAACUCAUCUGAGUCAUUUGAGCGUGAGAGCAUGCAUAGCAUAUUAUGGGAAAACUGAAAUUUCCACACUUAUUUCAAAUAGGAGUUUGAUGUGGUAUAAACACUGCUAAUGUUUCAAAAUGUACCAUCAUUCUCCAGUUUGUAUAGUCUAGAUAUGGAAACUAAGCUCCAAAAACAGCCCAAUUUGAAUCAAGAUCUAAAUAAAGGCUGAAAAAAUGGUCAUGUAAAAAUGAAAUAUGACCAACUGUGUUACAUAUAACCACACAAACAUCACACGCAUAAGACAAAUUAAGGAUUUAGGGUCUUUAAAAAUGUAGUUGUAAUAUUUUUUCAAUACUGUAUUGAAAUCAUAAUGCUUGUAGAUUUAAUUGAACCAUGCCUUUAAAUAUUGUGUUACACAUAAUCUUAAUAUAGCAUUAAACUUCUUUUUUACAUUUUUGGCAAAAAAAUGCACAGAUUAUUGUGUUAUGUGGGUUAAAACUCAUGACAGACAAGGGAGAAAGAAAUGUGACCCAGGCUUAUGGAAGUUUACAUACUGGACUAUGGCCUGUGAGCUUCUACAGUGAUUAAUGUUCUGUAUUAUAUUCUGUACACACAGCCUUCACUGUACCAUAAAGCUUCCUAUAUGACACUGAA